AUGGCCGUCCUAUUCAACUACCUGGUCGACGUCUACCAGUCCUUGCGGGGUGUCAACUCCACAAUUCUCACCGAGAAAGAUGUCCCUGGCACCGACCUGCGGGGAAAAUGGAUCAUCAUCACCGGCUCAAAUAAUGGGAUUGGCUUGGAAGCAGCCAAGUCUUUCGCAGGAUGGGGAGCGAACCUCAUUAUGGGCUGUCGCGAUCCCCCUGGGUGGGAACUCCACCCCACCGCUGCUGUCAAAGAAUGCAGGGAUAUCGCCACUGCGCAUGGUCACUCGUCCACCAUUGAGUGGUGGGACGUCGACUUGACUAGUCUGGAGAGUGUGGAUGCGUUUGCUGAGCGAUGGCUCGCGACGAAGCGGCCGCUUGAUAUUCUCUGCAAUAAUGCCGCCAUCUCGAUUGCGCCAUUGACAGCUAGGACGGGAGACGGAUUCCAGCCGGUCCACCAGAUUAACUACCUCGCGCAUGUUUUAAUCACACUUCGACUUCUACCCUCCCUGGCACGCAGUGACGAGCCUCGGAUCGUAUGCACGACGUCAUGCUACCACCAUCUCGGCUUUUUCGAUCUGACAGGCCAGGACUAUGGCGCUGCGGAUGGCACCGGGUGGAUGGGCAAUCCAUACCAGAACAAUAAGCUCUUCUUCCAGAUGUUUGUUGCGGAGCUGCAAACCCGUCUGCUUAAGCAUCCGGAGUAUAAGCACAUCACAAUUAACGGGGUGCACCCCGGUUUUGUCGCCUCGGGUAUCUGGAAACCACUCGAGGCGACCGGGGGAAAGCUGCUGGAUUUGUUCCUCCGCCAUAUUGCUAUUACUCCGCAACAAGGGAGCCUGGCCAUCACCAACGCGGCCACCAGCCCGGAGCUUGGGCCCGACCCCCAAACGCAGGGUGUUGGACAGCCCGGCGGGCGAGGCGGAGGCCACUAUCUCAAUCGGAUUUGGGUAGCUCCGUCGAAGAGACACUGCAAUGAGCCUGAAUUGAGGGCUGAGCUUUGGGUUCAUACGGCCAAGGAGCUACAGCUUCAAGAGAAAGGGCUGCUCGAUGUGUUGGGUCUCUAA